AUGCAGCUCGAAGACACCUUUAUGGCGCUGGCGCGGGACACCAAGCUGCCGUGCGUCAUUCUCUGCGACCGCGGCGCCAUGGACGGCUCGGCCUACAUGGACCCGGAGGAGUGGGAAGACCUCAAGCUCCAGCACGACCUCGACACGGUCACGCUCCGUGAUACUCGCUACAACGCAGUCUUUCACCUUGUGACGACGGCGAACGGCGCGCCUCAGUUUUACACGCUCGACAACAACGGCACGCGCAUCGAGACGAUCGAGCAAGCGUGCGCGGUCGACGAGCGCAUCUGCCACGCGUGGAUUGGCCACCCCAAGCUCUUUGUCUUCGACAACUCGACGGGCUUUGAGAGCAAGAUGCAACGACUCAUCAACUGCGCCGCGACGCUCACAGGUCUCCCGUCGACGGUCAAGUCGUCCAAGAAGUUCCUCCUCCGGUCGCUGCCGUCGCCCGCGUCCAUGCCCGUCCACUGCGAAGAGUUUGAAGUCGAGAAGGUCUACCUCAUGCCCCACCCGAGCGAUGGUCCGGACGACUAUGUCUUUGUGCGCUGCCGGACGCAGUACGGCAUCCCCGUCUACGGUAUGACGACGGUCCGCACGAUUGCGGGCACGGGCGAGCCGGUGCAUCUCAAGCGCGUGCUCUCGGCGCGCGAGUACACGUACGCGGUGCGCCACCGCGCCGACCCGAGCCGCCGCAUCAUCAAGCAGAAGCGCAUCUGCUUCUUGUGGAAGAACCAGUCGUUCAACAUCCACAUCUACAAGGAGCCGGUCGAGCUCGCGAGCCAGGGCAUUGUGCACAUCCAGGCGAGCAUCGAGUCGACGGCGACCGUCAUGAUGCCGGGCUUCCUCGACACGGACGAAGAAAUGGACGAGUCGCACCCUCUUUACACGGGCUACCACGUCUCGCUCAAGGAGAUCGACAUUCCCAACGUCCUGUAA